CCCCACAGACAGCAGACAAGCAGCACACCCACCCCACCGCAGCGCACCGCGCGAGCGAGCCCAGCCGUCGGUAACGGAGAAGAUGGCAGAGCGGCAACAACAGAAACACGAAGGCAGGGUAAAGAUCGGCCAUUACAUCCUCGGCGACACGCUCGGAGUGGGGACGUUCGGGAAAGUAAAGAUCGGACAACAUCAAUUAACGGGCCACAAAGUCGCCGUGAAGAUCCUCAACAGACAGAAGAUCCGCAGUCUCGAUGUUGUGGGGAAAAUCAAGCGGGAGAUCCAGAACCUCAAACUGUUCAGACACCCCCACAUCAUCAAGCUCUACCAGGUAAUAAGUACACCAACAGAUUUCUUCAUGGUCAUGGAGUAUGUGUCUGGAGGCGAGCUGUUUGACUACAUCUGCAAAAACGGAAGGGUGGAGGACUCGGAAGCUCGCCGUCUUUUCCAGCAGAUCAUCUCGGCUGUGGACUACUGUCACAGGCACAUGGUGGUCCACAGAGACCUCAAACCCGAGAACGUCCUGCUUGACGCCAACAAGAACGCCAAGAUUGCCGACUUCGGACUUUCAAACAUGAUGUCAGACGGAGAGUUCUUACGAACGAGCUGUGGGUCGCCCAACUACGCGGCUCCAGAGGUCAUCUCAGGAAGGCUGUAUGCGGGCCCAGAGGUGGACAUCUGGAGCUGCGGCGUGAUCCUGUACGCGCUGCUGUGUGGCACUCUGCCCUUUGACGACGAGCACGUCCCCACGCUGUUCAAGAAGAUCAGAGGAGGCGUCUUCUACAUCCCCGAGCACCUGAACCGGUCUGUGGCGUCCCUGCUCAUGCUCAUGCUGCAGGUGGACCCACUUAAGAGAGCCACCAUCAAAGACAUCAGGGAACACGAGUGGUUUAAGAAGGACCUGCCGGGCUACCUGUUCCCAGAGGACCCGUCGUACGAUGCCACCGUGCUGGACGAAGAGGCUGUCAGGGAAGUGUGCGAGAAGUUUGAAUGCACCGAGUCUGAAGUGGUGUCCAGCCUCUACAGCGGAGAUCCACAGGAUCAGUUAGCAGUAGCUUAUCACCUCAUCAUAGAUAACCGACGCAUCAUGACCCAGGCCAGCGAGUUCUACCUGGCCUCCAGUCCUCCGCAGGGCUCCUUCAUAGAAGAAGGCAUGCCGCUGCCCCCCGGUGUCAAACCCCACCCAGAGAGGAUGCCCCCGCUUCUGGCCGACAGCCCCAAAUCCCGUUGUCCUCUGGAUGCUCUGAACACAACCCGGCCCAAACAGCUCGCUGUGAAGAAAGCCAAAUGGCACCUGGGGAUCAGGAGUCAGAGCAGACCGUACGACAUCAUGGCUGAGGUGUACAGAGCCAUGAAACAACUCAACUUUGACUGGAAGGUGGUGAACCCGUAUCAUCUGCGUGUCCGCCGGAAGAAUCCAGUAACGGGAAAUCUGGUGAAAAUGAGCCUGCAGCUCUACCAAGUUGACAACAGAUCCUACCUCCUCGACUUCAAGAGCAUCGAUGACGACAUCAUGGAGGCGGUCGGCUUUAAAUCUGGGUCGUCCACCCCUCAGCGGUCGGGCUCCACCGCCGGCCUCCACAGACCCCGACUGAGCAUCGACUCGGCCAGCCCCGCCAUCGACCUGCCCCAGCUCAGCUCCUCCCUGCCGGGCUCGCUGUCCGGCAGCUCCCCCCUGCUCGCCGCGCGUCAGGGCUCUCACACCAUGGACUUCUUUGAAAUGUGCGCCAGUCUCAUCACCACGCUGGCUCGCUGACAACCUGCGAAAUCUCAAACUGCCUUGUUAACCCGGAAGUCAGUGGGAGGGGGCGGGGGAUGUUUUAGGGCUAAUAGCUGCAAAAUCUGAGACGCAUCAAUGAACUUGUGGAAGCCAGAGAAUAAAAAAAAUGUAAAAAAAAAAAAAUAAGGGAGAGGUCAGAAUCCCAUCAGAGUCGGCAAAGGUCGAGUUUACCGUCACAAAUCCCCCUCAGUCCUUUAUCAGCUGCGUCAACAUGUAACGACCGGAUAUCCUGCUGAGUUGGCCUCAGACGCUGAUCCGAGGUCAGUUCUGCCGCUUGUCUUACCGAUCGCUGUUGCAGCUGUGUCUGGAGGAACAUUACUUCAUAGAUUUCAAGUUUUAUAAUGCUAGUGCAGAAGCUUUUUGUUAUCCAUGUAUAUUUAUAUUUUAUUGUAGAUUGAAAUAUAUAUACCAAAAAGAAUAUUAUUUAGAUAUCAGAUUCAUAUUUAUUUUUAGAUUUUCUUUUUUAAAACACUAGUUUUAUUCGAAACAUCUCCACUGAACGAGUUUUUGAAUAAUUUAACGAAGCACGACAGACAGUUGGACGCUACAUUCAUUUUUCUGCUUGAAACUGCCCCGCGCCGCACACACACACACACACACACGCUAUUUCACCGCGUCACACACCUGUGUCAUUUCACCCGACGCUCAGCACGCGCAAACGCUCUGACAAAGCAAGCUGCCUGAACAGAAUUUCAUUUUAGAAAAACACGGAGGCCCGUGACAUCAGGAAGUCGGCGCUGAGCUGAAUAACAACAGAUGUGGCUCUGGAACGCUUCAGGGUUACAAACAUCUUCACGCUAACUUUUCAAGCAGUGACUAAAACACUUGAAUCGAAGUGAGGCGGUCAAUCUGGAGAUUAGCAACUCUGCAUGUGUGUGUGUGUGUGUGUCAUGUGAGGUGGUGCGUUACUGCCGCAGGAGAGCAGAAGCCACAGAAACCUCCCCACAGAUGCCUUAAAGAAUGCAACGCAAUGCUUAUGUGAAAGCUUGAUGUCAGAGGGAGAGUUGGUCGUCAUGUGUUUUACAUUUAAAGCCUGGAAGGUCAGAGAUGCUGGAGUCAGAACCAUUCAACCUCGAUGUUAUUGUGUACUGUUG